AUGACUAAGAACCAAGCCGCAUGGAUCACGGAGGCGAAAUCAAGACCUCUAAAGGUCGAUGAAGCCUCUAACUGGAAGGCAGGCGCUGGUGAAGUGCUUAUCAAGAACGCUGCAGUUGCUAUUAAUCCUGUUGAUUGGAAGAUUCAGGAUUUCGCAGGCUUACCACUCCCAUAUCCCAACAUCCUCGGAUCCGACCUCGCCGGCGUCAUCGAAGAAGUCGGCAAAGGCGUAUCCCACCUCAAAAAGGGCGACCGCGUAAUGGCCUUCUCCCCCAGCAUCGCAACCGGCAACCCCGCCAACGGCGCCUACCAGCGUUACACCGUCGUGCCCGAAACCCUCGUCUCCCCCAUCCCGGACCACCUCCCCUUCGAACAGGCCGCCGUCCUGCCCCUCGCCCUCUCCACCGCCGCCGCCGCUCUGUACGAGGACAAGAACUUCAACCUGCCUCUCCCCACCGCCACCGCCGACGGCAGCGGCACCGCGAACGGCACCAACGAGAACAAGGGCACAAUCAUCAUCUGGGGCGCCGCCGGCUCCGUCGGCCUGACAGCGAUCCAGCUAGCGCGGCUGUCCGGGCUGCGCGUCGUCGGCGUCGCGUCGGCGCGGAACCACGAUUUGGUGAAAUCCGUCGGCGCGCACGAGGUGCUGGAUUAUCGGGCGGCGGGGAUAGGGCGGGAUGUCGCUGCGGCGAUUGCAGAGGCGGGGGAAGGGAGGUUUGUCGGGAUACUUGAUGCGGUGUCCUCUCCCGACACUUUCAGCACAAUCGAUACCAUUCUUAACGACGUGGUCGGAGCGCCUAUUAAGGUCGUGGCGCUUAUGCCGAUUCCGGAGGGGGUGGGGAGGAAUUUCGUGGGUUCGCAUUGCGUCUCCUUUAGCAUUAUGAAGCCGCCGUAUGAGCACAUCGCGGACGGCCUCUGGCGGAAGUUCAUCCCGGAGGCGUUGGCGCGCGGGCUGAUCAAGGCAAAGCCAGACCCGCUGGUGGUCGGGUCCGGGCUGGGCAGUAUUCAGGAUGCGAUGGACAGGCAGAAGGCGGGAGUGUCGGCCCAGAAGAUCGUUGUCACGUUGUGA